AUGUCGGAGUCUGUAUGCCCGUUAACCCUACCAGGAAUUGGUGACAUUGUAGUGUUCAUAGGCUUGGUAACAAAUAUUUAGAUUGGCCUCAUGCUAAUGGAAUAUGGCCUUUGCAGGCCUGAAAAUGCUAACCACCUUCUACUCAAAAAUUGGCUUCAAUUUUCAAUAGGUAUCGUAGCGUGGUGAGUGUUAGGUUAUGGUUUCGCUUUUGGAAACGUCGCUGACAGCGAAUUCAUUGGAAACCGCAACUUUGGUGGUGAAAAGUGGCUUACCGAGCGAUCAGAGAACCAUGGAGCCUGCGCAUCAUUUUUUGCACUCUGUGGUUUUUUCGUCCUCUUUGUCAUCAAUGGCGGAAUCAGUGAAAAAGCAAAAUACCACGUCUACGUAGUGCUUGCUUUUUGGAUUAUGCUCUUUGUAUGGCCUGUUAUCGUUGCAUGGUCAUGGGGAGGCGGCUGGCUCGCCAUUGAGCUUAAAAAAGAUCUUAUUGACGUAGGAGGAGCAAUCAAUAUCCAUAUGUUCGCUGGAGCUAUUGGACUUAUGGGAGCUAUAUUUUCAGGGAAAAGAAGAGGAAGAUGGCGUCCAAGCAAAGCUGCAAAAUUCCAGAUCCAGAUGUACCCUAUCUAUAUAAUCGGUGCAGUCCUUUUAAUUUUAGGCCUGUUUGGUCUCAAUUUUUCAAUUGGCCAAAGCAGAGCUGACCAAAUGGGGAUGUCAGCAGCCAACUCAUGGAUCUGUGCAGGAGCUACCUCAAUUGUCGCUCUUAAGCUACUUACACUAUUUAGCAAAGACUUACAUACUCAUACCAUCGCAAUUUACCAAGGCUUCAUUGCAGGAAUGGUCGUUAUUUCUAGCUCUGCUUAUAAUACUACUCCUUGGCAAGCAGGGAUUGUCGGUAUCAUGACAGGCGUCAUCUUUGCCUUUACCUACAAGUUUGUGCUAUAUCUCCAAAUUGACGACCCAAUGUCCGUAACUGCUACUUUCUUAGUUCCUGGACUUGUAGGUGGAAUUCUGCCUGGAUUCAUCACUGACGAGGACGGCUGCUUCUGGCAAGGAAUUUCAGGCCACACCUUGUCUACACAAGUAAUUGGUGUCAUUGUGGUGCUGGGCUGGGCACUUGUGUGGGCUGUGAUUUUGUUUACUGUCUUGACCGUUGUAGGAGGAAUGAGAUUGAGAGACCACAUCCAAAAGUACGGACUGGCAAAGACUCAUAUAAUGCAAUCUGGGUUUGUGUAUGUCAAAGAUGAAGUGAUCACAAAAGGAGAAGAAGUAGAAGAUAUAAGUUAA